AUGGUUCACUUCUCUUCACUUGCAAUAGUUUUUCUUUUAUGCGUCGCAUCUUCUCAUGCAGUAAAAAAUGUGGAUUUUGACACAAUUUGCAAGGGAACAGAAAAUCCUUCAUUUUGCUUAACUCUUCUGAAUUCAAAACCCGGCACAAAUCGAGAUCUCGUCAGUCUUGCGCAAUACACAAUGGACGUAUUAUUAGUGAACACAACAAACACCAUAAAACUAGUCAACAUGCUAUUAUCAAAAAGUAGGGGUGAUUAUGAAGCAAGAUAUCAUUAUAGGACAUGUUUAAGUCAUUUUGUUGCAAUUUCCGACACACUUAAGAUGACUCCAUUUUAUAUGGAAAGUGGAGAAUACGAUAAUGUGCUUGAACAUGCAGUUGGUGUUAGAAUUGAUGUUGAUAAUUGUAUUUCAGGAGAUUCACCUGGUGACCCUCAUUAUCCAUACCAUGAUACAUCCAUGCUUCCAAAAUAUGCUAACAUGGUCGAUCAAGAUGCUAUGGUUUUUGCUGCUGUAGUACAGCAUCUCAAUAAACCUAUUUAA